UGUGAUUAAUUCUUUCUCAGGGAUUUGUCUGAACAAUAAAAAAGUGACUAAGGAGAGUCACGUUAGAGCAGAAAAUACAGAACUGAUGCUGAGCUUCCAAAGGGGAAAGGUCACACUUCCACAAUAUAAGCUCCUCCUGUGCUCGCUGUAUGAGAUCUACCAGGCUUUGGAGGAAGCCCUGGACAGAAACUCCAACCACCCUAACGUUGCACCUAUUUACUUUCCUGCUGAACUUGCCAGGCUGAGGUCCAUCGAGAAAGACCUGGAAUACUUCUAUGGUCAGGACUGGAGAGAGAAGAUUGUUGUUCCUGCAGCCACUAAAAGAUACUGCCACAGACUCAGACAGAUUGGCAAAGAAAACCCUGAAUUCCUGCUUGCCCACGCUUACACUCGGUACCUGGGUGACCUGUCUGGAGGACAGGUUCUUGGUCGCAUUGCCCAGAAGUCCAUGGGUCUGAAAAAUGGUGAUGGUUUGUCCUUCUUUGCCUUCCCCGGUGUGUCCAGCCCCAACUUGUUCAAACAGCUCUAUCGCAGCCGAAUGAACAGCGUGGAGCUGACAGAGGAAGAGAGGAACGGCGUGCUGGAGGAGGCUGUCAGGGCCUUUGAGUUCAACAUACAGGUCUUUGAAGAUCUACAGAAGAUGCUGAAUGUCAGUGACAACAAGCUGCAGAGCUCUUUGACACAGUCCAAGCCAGUAAAGGCUAACACACUCCAUGUCCCAGGAACCAGUGUCUACACUUCCUCGCUGCUUAGGAUGGUCCUGGGACUGUUUGUGGCUCUGGCUACUGUCAGUGUGGGAAUCUAUGCUUUAUAGAAAGAUACUCAAGAAAUACUGUGUAAAAUUCUUGUUGAAUAGGUUUUAAGUCUUUAUUGUGAUACUGUAAGCCUAGCAAAAAAAAAAAAAUCCCACC